AUGCUCUUCCCGCUUGCCCUUCUCGCUGCUGCGCCUACGGCACUGGCUUGCUUGGGGUACACCGGCGGCGUGCCCAAGCCGACUGGAAAUGUGGCCCUCAAGGCACCCAUCUACGUUAAGGCUGGCCAGGUUUAUGACGGUGGCUGGCGCAAGUUUGACAGGAACCCCAGCACCUGCAACGGUCAAGGCGAGGGAGGCGAGGACGACACGGCCUUCGUUGUCGAGCGUGGCGGCACUCUCCGCAACGUGAUCAUCGGAAAGACCGCCGGAGAGGGUGUCUACUGCAAGGGAGGCGGCUGCAACCUCGAGUUUGUCUGGUUCGAGGACGUCUGCGAGGAUGCCAUCUCCAUCAAAGACGACAGGCCGGGAGACGUGACCAACAUCAUCGGCGGCGGUGCCUACCACGCCUCGGACAAGGUCAUUCAGCAUAAUGGUUGCGGACGAGUGAACAUCAUCAAUUUCUACGCCGAGGAUUACGGCAAGGUCUACCGUUCGUGCGGAACUUGCCAGAAGUGCGCCCGCGAGGUCUACGUCGAGGGAGUCACCGCUCGCAAGGGAGGCGAGGUUGUCGGCAUCACCAAGUCCAACGGCGACAAGGCCACGCUGGUCAAUGUGUGCACCGACGCCAAGACCCCCUGCCAGAACUACAGCGGCCCUGGCAAGAAGGACGGCGCGUGCUAA